AUGUCUUACGUCAGAUGGUCCAGCAUCCCGAAUUACAAAAUCCUAUUCAAAGACCUCGGCUACACUACCCCUAGCGAACAGAAGAAGAUCAGAGCCGAGUGCAAGGAAUUCAGAGACAAGUAUCCAGCCGCCAGAAGUUUUAAAUGCGAAGGCCUCACCAAUUCGUACCUAGCCGAACAUCAGAAGGAGAUUGGUGGCAUUGUCGAGGCUUUUCUGAAUAAACACGCAGAACAGCUGUGGCCGUCCGACGAACAUGCAUCCCAGCAUCACAGACUACAGUACCCUAAAGACGAGGCUGAGUCAUUCCAGGACAACAAUACCAACACCUUCCACGAGCAGGAGAAUACUGUGGUAGCCAAGUGCUCAGCUCGAAGCUUAUUUGAUCAGUCGUACGACAACGAUGACUCGGCAGACGGCCCCUCGGUGUCAGCGAGCGAAGCUCGUUUCAGAACCAAUUCCACUCGCUCAGCCGAAUCUAGUAUUGCCGACGAAGCCGAGCCCGUCCCAGGUUUUCGAGCCUCGAAGUCAACUGCUGGAGAGCAGCCGCCAGUCGGAGAAGAUAGUACCCGCGCCGUGUCUACGGACGAAGUUCUCGCAGAUACGGGCCCAACCGAGGGGACUGCUGGACAACUCAACGAGAGUCGAUUGCAGAGGCAGCGAGAAGCUAUGAUCCGGUCUUAG